GGUUACAUACACCAUACUACGACCUUUUUUUCGCAUCAACUUAACUCCAAUAAUCAGAAUAAUACUAGAAAUUGACAAGCGGAAAUAACGUUUGAAAGAAGAGAAUUUGUAGCCAAGCUAUGAAUCGAGGUGGUAAACUUGCUCCUGAAGUUAAUCGAGCUUUGUUCGUCAAGAAUCUAAGCUACAACGUAACGCCGGAAGAACUCUUUGAUCUGUUUGGCAAAUUCGGUGCGAUUCGACAAAUUCGUCAAGGUAUCGCUACCAACACGAAAGGUACGGCAUUUGUUGUCUAUGAAGACGUAACGGAUUCUAAGACUGCCUGCGAUAAAUUGAAUGGGUUCAAUUUCCAAAAUCGAUACCUAGUCGUUCUCUACCAUCAACCCGAGAAAAUGGAAAAGAUGCGUGCCAAUUCAAAUCAAUCAGAUUCAUACGCUGCUCGCAAAGCGAGUUUAGAACAGCUCAAAACCGCGAACAAUAUCGAAUAACAAUCUGACGGGCCCCUAAUUCGCCCAAACACUGUAUCUUAUAUGGAGUCUACAGCGUCUAUGGGCCCGUCAUCCAGGGUUGGAAAUGUUUCGCCAUCGAAGGAUGUUAGGAAUAAGAGAACACGACGAACACAAUCUGCACCAAUUACAACGAGGAAAUCUCCUACUACAACUGCUUUGCAUGGAAAGGGGGGGAACUAUCAACAUUUGGAACAUCAUCGUGGGAUCAAGGGGGCAGCUAUGGCAGGUGGAAGGCGUAAUACCUCCUUCCUCGCUCUUGUGCGGGGAUUGGUUUUCAGGCGUUAGAGGGUGUUGUUGUUUUAUUGAAGGGACAGGAAAACCCUCGCUUUUUACAUGGAUUUUUUCCCUUUACAACUUAACUUACUAUUCUCCUCUCGUACACUUUCGUGGAAAGAGAGCAACCAUUUCGAUAUGCAAUGGGGACGGGAGAGCUUCUACGGCCGAGAUUGUGAUUUUUCUUCUAUUAAGGAGGGUGGCAUUUCACUCGCGAGGUUGAUUCUCCUUUUCCUUGGAUGUUGAUUGUUGCACAUGUUACCAUCUGCUUUGAAUGCAAAAUUGCUACGUUAGGGCCUUAUUGAUUUGUAUUUUACAUAUUCACUGCCUCAAGAUCAUUCCAUAUCGCCUUGCCACAAUGUCUGCCCAAUCUUUCCACCUUGUUUGUAUCAUACUCAAUCCGACCACAGCAUAGAGGUACGAAUAAGAAAGCCUAGCA